AUGAGGAAUGAUGACGUUAGCGAGGGCAGCCGGGAGCUGGUCGACCUCAGCGCAGAGGCCAUCAGCUCCCUCGGCAUUCACCUGUCACAGAUUGGACAGAUCAUCUCCAAGUCCUCACUGCCUCCGACCAGAGGGGACCGAAGUGCAGCGCACAAGCUGAAAGAGAAGCUCGAGAUGUACCAGGGCUACACUGAUGAAGUGCAACGCCGAAGACUGGAUCUAGAGCAGAAGAUGGCUGAUGAUUUCGCUCGGCUGAAGGCCUGGCGGGCACAGUCUGGAACAGAAGGCAAGGGCCUUGUCGAGGAGCUAGAGGCCUUGUACGGCAAGGUGCGGCAGCAGGAAAAAGAAAUGAAAAAGAAGCAGCAGCAAAUAGAAGAAGAGCAAGCCAAGGUCCAGGAGUUGGAAGAGGCUGUAGCGCUUAGAGAGCGAAAGUGGGAUUCAUUAGCAGAGGACUACGGCAAGAAGUUAGCCAAGAUGCGAAGAGAGAUAGUGGAGCGUGGCGGCCUAUGCUCCUGGCUACAGUGUGCUUUUGAUGAGAUCCGCUUCAAAUGGAAGGCAGCGGAGGAGAAAGAGAAGCUGAAGAUUGAGCAUCAUCAAAGGAUGCGAAAGGCACGAGCCCAGGCUCGGCUGGAUGUCAUUCAGCGAGAGCGCAAGAAAAGGCUGAUGCAGGCGUGCAUGGUCGCGCUGCAGGAAGAGUCCAUAGAGGGCAGGCAUGAGAAACAUUUGGAGGAGCUGCGUAGAAGACAUGAUGAUGAGAUCUUGGUCAUGAAUGCCCAGUUGGCGCAGGCUCUGGGCGAUGAAGAGAAAGCCAAAGAACUUGUCCAGGAACAAGUGCGGCGCAUCGAAGAGGCUCGACAGCUGCAAGCCGAAGCCGAGCGUGCAGCCAAAUUGGCGCAGCGGGACGCACGGGAAGCUCGGCAAGAACGAGACAAAGCAAACCAGCAGCGGUUGGAAGCGGAGGAAGCCAAGCGUGUAGCCGAGGGCGAGCGCGAUGCUGCGCUCAAAGCACAAGAAGAUGCUGAAGCUUCAGAAGCCUACGCCAAACAGCAGGCCGAUGUCUUCCAGCAGGCAAGGAUUAAAGCCGAAAUGAGGCAGAGAAAAGCAGAGGAGCAGGUCAGGAAAAAGCAGAGGAAAGUUCAAAGUCUGCAACGAAUGCUUGCAGAAAUUGGUGCUGAAAGCGACAGCGAUGCCCCGCCAGAUGAAAGAGCACCCGCCUUCUUCGUCAAUGAAGACGGCACAAAGGUCCCGCGGCCGAGGACUAGAAAAGAGCGCAUGGGCAUGGCCUACAGGGAGGCAGAGUCUGCUCGGUACGAGCUGCGUCUGGGUAUGGCUGCGAUGCUUGAUCGCGACUCUUCCAAUGAGGUGCGGAUCGAGAGGCUCAAGGACCAGGUGGCCUGCCUGUUCAAGGAGGUGCAGGUUGUUCGUUCUUCAAACGAGUCGUUGAAGGUCGAGAACGCUCAGGCCUUCGAGCGAGCGGCCCAAGCUGAAGACGAUGCUCAGCAGGCACGAGCUCGAGCUGCGCUGGUGGAAACAGGGGUUUUGCCCGAGAAGCCUUUCCGGCUUUUUGUGAAGCUCAAAGCUAUGCAGCGGGAUGUGAAGGAUGCCCUGCAAGCGAAGCUGGGAAUACCAGCCAAGGAGCAGAGGCUUCUGCUGGGCAACGAGGAGCCGGAUGCGGCAUCUUUACUUUCUCCUAUUGCUGGGGGCUUGGAGGUUUCUCUGCUCCGAAGCAUCCCAAAGCUGUCUCCCGAGAGCUGGGCGUACUGGGCCCAGACUCUGCAGGAGGAUGGCAUGGAGCUGAUGUUCGCUCCGGAAGAGGUCCAAGCUGACAGAGAACUCGUCGUGCUCGCAGUCCAACGGUGCGGUGAUGCGCUGGCUUUGGCUGCCGAAGAGCUGCGGGGGGACCGCGAUGUGGCCAUGGCUGCGGUGUCGAAGAAUGGGUUGGCCCUGUCUUUCGUGUCAUUGGUGCUGAAGGCUGACAAGGAGCUCGUACUUCAGGCAGUACGCCAGAAUGGCCUGGCUCUCCGUUAUGCCUCUGCAGAGCUUCAGAGGGACCAUGAUGUGGCCUUGGCAGCCCUGGAGCAAAACGGCUAUGUCAUAGCAGAGCCAACCUUCGAUGCUUCCUUGCGCGAAGAUGCUGAAUUAGCCCACGCGGCCGUGUCGUAUGAUGGCUGCACGCUCAAGCAUGUGGGACCAGAUCUCCGUAAAGACCGUCAAGUCGUAUUGGCAGCCGUGAAGUCGAACGGCAAUGCAAUUCAGUGGGCAGAUGCCAGAUUCAGAUCUGAUCGAGAGGUGAUGUUGGCUGCGGUCCGCUACCAUGGCACCUUGCUUCGGUGCGCUUCGGAGGCGCUCCGCAAUGAUCGACAAGUCGUCCACCAGGCUAUCCUCGGACAUGGCUAUGCGUUGUCCUAUGCAUCUGAGACGCUGCGGUCAGACCCAGAGCUGGUUUCGCUGGCAUCUCGCCCUCAUUGCCAUAUACCGAUCCGCCUGGAAGCUGGGAAAAUGGUCUACAUCCAGGACGGCGACGAGCGGCGCUGA